CUAAGGCUGGGGGCUGGCGGCGGCGGCAGCAGGGAGCUGGGAAGCUGAGAGCCGGGAGCGCGGGGCUCAGUCGGGGGGCGGCGGCGGCGGCGGCCUCGGGGAUGGCGGCGGCUCCGCUGCUGCUGUUGCUGCUGCUCGUGCCCGUGCCGCUGCUGCCGCUGCUAGCCCAAGGGCCCGGGGGGGCUCUGGGAAACCGGCAUGCGGUGUACUGGAACAGCUCCAACCAGCAGCUGCGGCGAGAGGGCUACACCGUGCAGGUGAACGUCAACGACUAUCUGGAUAUUUACUGCCCUCACUACAACAGCUCAGGGGUGGGCCCCGGGGCGGGGCCCGGGCCGGGCGGCGGGGCGGAGCAGUACGUGCUGUACAUGGUGAGCCGCAGCGGCUACCGCACCUGCAACGCCAGCCAAGGCUUCAAGCGCUGGGAGUGCAACCGGCCGCACGCCCCUCACAGCCCCAUCAAGUUCUCGGAGAAGUUCCAGCGCUACAGCGCCUUCUCGCUGGGCUACGAGUUCCACGCCGGCCACGAGUACUACUACAUCUCCACGCCCACCCACAACCUGCACUGGAAGUGUCUGAGGAUGAAGGUGUUCGUCUGCUGCGCCUCUAAAGACUUUGAGGGAGAGAACCCCCAGGUGCCCAAGCUUGAGAAGAGCAUCAGCGGGACCAGCCCCAAGAGGGAACACCUGCCCCUGGCUGUGGGCAUCGCCUUCUUCCUCAUGACACUCUUGGCCUCCUAGCUCUGCCCCCCUCCCGUGGCAGGGAGAGACGGGGCGGGGCUGAGAAGGAGCAGGGAGCCUUUGACCUUUUCAAGGGAAGCCUAGCUGUGGGGGCCUAUAUUCCUCCUCCCCUGGCUGGAAGUGGGGUCUGCACCGAACAUCUGUGCCUGCCCCUCUGCCCCCUCCCUCCAGGUAGGGCACUGUAGCGGACUAGGCACAGGUGCCACCACAGGUCCUGGAUGGCCUUAUGGCUUUGGUAAUAUUUGGUACCAAACUUGGGGGUCAUAAAGGGCAGUGGCUCAGGACCCUCUGACCCCCUGGUACUUUUCCCUGGCCCUUGGUGCCCUCCUCCUUUGUCCCAUCAGAGAGACAAAUAUGCCCCAGAGAGAGCAAAUGGCAACCUGGGAAGUGCCCCCAUUACUCUCCUCCAGGGACAGAACAUGGGGAGGGGACUAGAUGGGAGAGGGGGUUGCACUAGCUGCUGCCUCCUUCCCCUGUUUACAGCAAUAAGCACGUCCUCCUCCCCCCACUCCCCUCACAGGAUUGUGGUUUGGAUUGAAUCCAAGUUUACAAAUAGACACCCCUGGGGAGGCAGGCAGUGGACAGGGGUGGCAAGGGGUGGGUGCCAGGCAGGCAUGUACAGACCCUAUAUCUCUAUAUAUAAUGUACAGACAGAGUCCUUCUCCCUCCUUAACCCUGACCUUUCUGAACAUCCCCUUCCAGCUUCAGACCCUUUCCCUACCAGGCUAGGCCCCCCCUGGGGACCCCCGGCCCCUCUUUUGUCUUCUGUGAAGACAGGACCUAUGCAACGCACAGACACUUUUGGAGACCGUGAGAGACAACAACGCCCCCUCCCUUCCAGCCCUGAGCCGGGAACCAACUCCCAGGACCUUGCCCUGCCCACCCUACGUGGUCCCCACCCAUCCUGGGCCUUUUUCAAGUGCUUUGGCUGUGACUUUCAUACUCUGCUCUUAGUCUAAAAAAAUAAACUGGAGAUAAAAAUAACUGAGUGCGUGUGAUUUCAAGGGGGCCAUCACCCUUCUGUUUCACCGGCCAAAUCCCACAAGGCUCAGGGCCCCAGGUAGGCUGGGGAUUCUAGGCCAAAGAGUCCACUGAGCACCUUGUUAUAUGGCUUGCCUCCUUUGGGAGAGGCAGCUCUGUGUGGAGAGCGCGCAGAGCCUUUGAGCUGGGCCUGGAUGACUUUAGGUGAGUCCCUGAACGGCUCUGAGCUCAGGUAUUCCAUCUGAAACCUGAGCUGUCAUCUCUAUGUGUCAGGGUUGGGGUGAGGAUGAAAUGCUGUGGGGAGUGAAGGCUCAAUCGACAAUUGGGUUCUCCUUUUUUUCUCACUCCAUGCUGUAAUCAGAGGUUCUUGGCUGGGGUCUAUGGAUUCCAGGGGAUUUGUGAACCUAGAUAGGAAAACAAUGACAUCUUUAUUUUCACUCACCUGUAACAAAUUUAACAUUCUCUUCUGUACUUGGGCGACAAGCCACAAUAGUAUUAAUGGUACCUGUGACUGUAACCAACAGAAAUCACAGAUGUUUUCAGACUGCAUUAUAGUUGUUGAAAUAUCUCAAAAUAUCAUUUAUGUGCAUCACUACUUUGAAAUGAUAGUUGUUAGAUCUUCCUUGUUUUUAAUGUAUUAAUAAAGAAGCAUAU